GACAGUGUAUGACACUCCGUGUGUAUGUGCGUGUGGUUGGACUAGAGAUAAAGAAGUGAAAGAACCUGGGGUCGCCACAGUAUAAUGAAGAGGUGUGUGUAGGUCAUGCUGAAGGAUUCCAAAAUUAUGCUGUCUAUGAGACCAAAACAGCACUCUCGUAUUCCUGACUGAACCUGUGUGUACCGACCUCCGUCCGUUCUCCGACCAACCUCGUAAGCCUGAUUCCUUGACACUUCUGCCUGCGUUGAUUGUUUCCCCGUGUACCGACUACUGCCUGCCCACUCAUCUGCUCUCUUCGCCCGACGCCCCAACAACCGCUGCUGCACCGGACUGCCUGCUCGAUCCCCGACGUCGGCAUACAAUAAACUUGUCUCUUCUUGAACUACCUUGCGUCUUCCGAGUUCCUGCAUUUGGGUCCUACCUCUCGUUCCGAUGGGACGUGACAGAACGAACUGGCCCUCACAGGACCCAGCAGGAAAGACCCGGCGUCGCCGGGACCGACGCAAAGUAGACCGUCUGUCGGAGGACCAAGCCUGCCCAAUCCAGGUAGGCUCCCUGAUGUCCUCCACUUCCGUGUCUUACGCUCCGCCAGCGAGGUAUGAAUACGUCCCGAACACGACCCGCCCGGCUCCUCAUAUUCUUCUGGACUCUGACUUUUCGGAAUAUGAGGAGGACCGUGAUUUGUAUGCCCGGCUGCCUGAGUACGACUCCGACGACUUUGAUUUUGAGUCUCUUUGCCCGGCUUUUGAUCCCAGUCAGUUUGCCCCGUCUUCCCGCGUUUCCAGCACCCGAGCGACUUCGCCCGCUAGAUCCAAGUGCACCUAUCGGUACGAGGGAACCCGCUUGGCCAUCUACCCGGGACCUCCGCGUGGCGGCCAGAGGAGACGCCCCGGCCGGGCGCUCCCUGGUGUCUCUCGCUGCGCGGCAACGAAGACACCGUCCUCCCACUCUUCGCCGGCAACUGUGAGACCGGCAGACCCGCAGCUGGUGGCGAGGCUUCCAGCCCAGAGGGAGGAGGUGCCGCCAAAUCACGAGGCGUUCCGCCGCGAACUGCGGGCGGAGAUUGAGCGGCAGAGCGCAGAAUUGGCGGCUCUCACGGUCCAGGUCCGGCAAAGAUUGGCGAACCAGCCGAGCUACGCUGACGUCGCAACGGCGACGGACUCGCUGCCAACUCAGGUUCACGUUGCCGUGGAAACCGAUCCGCCCCCUUGCCAAGUGCACGCCACAGUGGGAACGGACUCGUCAUCUCAAGUGAACGCUGCAGUGGGAACGGACUCGCCACUUCAAGUGCACAUCGGAGUUUUGGCUGUUCCGAGCAGAGUUCACGCGGCAGUCGGAACUGACCCGCUCCCGAGACACGCCCACGUGUCAGUUUCGACCGACUCUCCGCCUACUCAGGUUCACGUUGCCUUGGAAACGGAUUCGCCACCGCGCCACGCCCACGUUGCCGUUUCAACAGAUGCAGUGCAAGCUCACGUGGCAGUGGGGACCGACCCGACGCCGCCUCACGUUGCUGUCCAGGAGGUGGCGACGUCUCCACAGCCGCUUCUCGUCCGUGCUCUGGAGUGGUAGUGGCGACCGGUCCGCGGACACUCCCUGUUCCUGCUCUGUCGGCGACC